AUGACUGAAGUAAUAGCCACAUCUGCUAAAGAAUUAGAAAGAGAACUGCAAGGUUUAUAUGUACCUUUUCAGGGAGAAGAAUCUGAAGAAAACUGGUUGGUACGUGAGCGUGGUAUAAAUCGUCUUCGUACUUUAAUUGAUGGAGAUGUUAUUGCACUCUACCAUGACACUUUUAUGAAUGGAAUAAAAUUACUUAUGGAUGGUAUAAUUAAAUCACUUACCAGUUUACGCACAGCGUUAACUUUAGCUACCUGUGGACUUAUAAAAGACUUAUCAAUGAAACUUGGGUCAUCAAUUGAUCCAUUUGCAGAUAAUUUAUUAGUAAACCUUAUAAAAAUGGCCGCAUCAACAAAAAAAAUAGUUGGUCAAGCAGCAUCAAAUGCUGCCAAUGCACUACUAAGUAAAACCUCAUAUCAUUCUCGGCAUGUAUUACAAGUAUGGUAUACAAUGGAAGAAAAAAAUAUACAACUAAGGAUUUUUGCUAUUGGUUAUGUAAGAACCUUACUUCUGACUCAUUUUGACAGAAGAGAUGCGAUGGAAAGAACAGGUGGUGCCGAAUCAUUAGAGAAAUGCGUCAAAAAGGGUUUGACUGAUGCAAAUCCCAAUGUAAGAGAAGGAUGUCGUUCAGUUUUUUGGAUUUUUUAUCAAACCUUUCCUGAAAGGGGUGAAAAACUUUUGAAAAAUCUUGAGCCUGCUGUGAAAAAACUAGUGGAACGUGAUCGACCAAAAGAUAUGAGAUUGCCCAGUCCUUUAAAAUCAGAACAUGACAAUAAUUCUUUAGCUAAUAAGCAGUCAAAAAGCCCAACUACUUUACGUGCAAAAUCUCCUGCACCGCCACCAAUGACGAGAAGUAAAUCAUCAUCAGGGGCAAUCAAUCUAUCACCACAACACAACGAUAGUCCACCCUUACCGCCAAAGUCACCCACACCCACAAGGGCGAAUGUUUUAACAAAACGAGCCUCAGUUGCUCAAUUUCCUAAAGUUCAGAUUCGUAAAUUAUCAGUUAUGGAACAAUUGGAACACAAUGAUUGGAAAAUACGUAUUGAUGGGCUAAAUAAUUUAGUAAGCUUGGCAAUAAAAAGAUCGUCAGAGUCAAAUACAGGAAAACAUAACGAGUUCAAAAGGUCACCACUUCCGUCUGAUGAUGACUUAAAACCUGUUAUUUUUAAGUUAAUAAAUGAUUCAAGUCCUAAAGUGAUUGAGUGUUUGUUGUCCGCAAAUAAUGUUGUUGAAAUUGCCAAGAUUGUCAAGAUUGAACAUUUUAUUCUUAAAGUACUUUUGAUUGCCAGCGAUGAUGACAAAACUGAGCAAUCAGUAACUGUUCAAGCUUGUCUUCCAGAAAUGAAACAUACAAUUGGAAAAGAGAAUUCUUUAGCUGCAUUAAGUAAGUGUUUUUUGAUUUUAGGAAGCCCUGGAACUUCGCCAAAAAAGUUAGCAGCUGGAUUAGGUUUCUCGCCGCCACAAAGGCGUAAAAUUAUCCACGGGCUUCUCACAUGGAUUAAUGAAAUCAUUGAACCUAAACUUGAAGAAGCCGAAAUAAAUGAUGGCGCAAUUGGUGGAUUUCUAGGCGAUCCAGAUAAAUACAAACUUCUUGUUAAUCGGGUCAUCCCAAUGGUAUUGACCACUAAGGAGAAUUCGGAAAAUUUUAAUCCACUUAGUAAUCUAUUAAUAAACUUGCACAAACUAAAUCCCGACUUAUUCGAGUCAGUUUUAUUUACGUUUGAUUCUAAAACUGUUGAUGCGGUAGGAAAUAUGCGACAAAAAGAAAAUUAUUUACAGCAGCAACUUGAACGAGAAAAAGAAAUAGAAUACCAACACGAGUUAGAAUUAAGACAACAAGAGGAAUAUGAAUUAUCACAACAACAAUACGAGUCUCAAUAUAAACGAGAGAUGGAAUUCAGGAAACAAAAAGAAUUCGAGCUACAACAUGAACUUGAACGUGAAGCUCAAUAUAAACGCGAGAUGGAAAUAAAGCAACAAAAAGAAUUUGAACUGCAGCAACAACAUGAGCUUGAAUAUGAAGCUCAAUAUAAACGUGAGAUGGAAUUAAGACAACAAAAAGAAUUUGAAUUACUGCAGCAACGUGAACUUGAACAUGAGGCUCAAUAUAAACGCGAGAUGGAAUUAAGACAACAAAAGGAAUUUGAAUUACAACAGCAACGUGAACUUGAACGUGAAGCUCAAUAUAAACGUGAAUUUGAAUUAAGACAACAAAAAGAAUUAGAGUUACAACAGCAACAUGAACUUGAACGUGAAGCUCAAUAUAAAAAAGAAAUGGAAUUAAGACAACAAAAAGAAUUUGAAUCGGAGCAACAACAUGAAGCUCAAUAUAAAGGAGAAAUGGAAUUAAGACAACAAAAAGAAUUCGAGCCACAACAACAUGAACUUGAACGUGAAGCUCAAUAUAAACGCGAGAUGGAAAUAAGGCAACAAAAAGAAUCUGAAUUGCAGCAACAACAUGAGCUUGAAUAUGAAGCUCAAUAUAAACAAGAGAUGGAAUCAAAGCAACAAAAAGAAUUAGAGUUACAACAGCAACAUGAACUUGAACGUGAAGUUCAAUAUAAAAAAGAAAUGGAAUUAAGACGACAAAAAGAAUUUGAAUUGCAGCAACAACAUGAACUUGAACAUGAAACUCGAUAUAAAAAAGAAAUGGAAUUAAGACAACAAAAAGUAUUUGAAUUGCAGCAACAACGUGAACUCGAACAUGAAGCUCAAUAUAAAGGAGAAAUGGAAUUAAAGCAACAAAAAGAACUCGAACUACAACAAAACGAACUUGAACGUGAAGCUCAAUAUAAACGCGAGAUGGAAAUAAAGCAACAAAAAGAAUCUGAAUUACUACAGCAGCACCAGGAAGAGGAACAUGAAUUGCCAUCGAGGCAACAAAAAGAACUUGAGCAACAGCAACUUCAUGAACAAGGAAAAGAAUUAGAAUAUCAGCAAGAGUUGGAGUUAAGAAAGCAAGAGGAGUAUGAAUCACAACAGCAUCGUGAAGCUCAAUAUAAGCGAGAAAUGGAAUUAAGACAACAAAAAGAAUUUGAAUUACAGCAACAGCCUCAGUAUAAGCGAGAAAUGGAAUUAAGACAACAAAAAGAGUAUGAAUUACAGCAGCAACGUGAACUUGAACGUGAGGCUCAUUAUAAACGAGAGAUAGAAUUAAGACAGAAGAAAGAGUACGAAUUGCAACAACAACGUGAACUUGAGCGAAUUGGAAUUACAGCAGCAACACGUGAAUUUGAAUCAAGGCAACAAAAGGAAUUUGAGCUGCAGCAACAACGUGAGGCUCAAUAUAAAAGAGAGAUGGAAUUAAGACAAAAGAAAGAAUAUGAAUUACAAAAACAACAACAUGAGCACGAUGCACAAUAUAAACGUGAAUUCGAGUUAAGGCAACAAAAGGAAUUUGAACUCGAAGCACACUAUAAACGUGAGUUUGAGUUAAGAAAUCAAAAGGAAUUUGAUGAGUAUGAUGAUACCAUCAGUGAAUUUGAUCUUAACCAGUCAGAAAAAUCAUCCACAAGAGAUGGCACUGUGGUAAGCAAACCUGUCAAUCGUAUUGUGUCGCUUCCUCCACCUUCACACGAAUUAGGAAUUCCUGAUUUUGAUGAAAUUAAUUCAGAUUUAGAAAAUAUAAAUGAAAUUGUUAAAAAAUUAGAUAUGGAAGAGGAGGAGUUGAUCGAGGAAAAUAUAUCAGGAGAUCUUGAUGAAAUAGCAGCUAACAGAACAACCAGCAUUAUUAUUACUGAAGACACUUGGGCACAACUAUCUAACACUUUGAAUGGCAAUCUAAAUAAUCCUUUUUACACCGACCCAGAAAAACGAUUCAAAAUUGAAGAUGAUAACAAUAAUGAUACAAAAAUAAAACAACCUUUUUCUGCUGCUCCAUUAAACAUGAAAAACAGACCUCUAAAUUUAUCACUAGAACAAAGGAUAGAAAAGAUAGAUGAGAAAGAUGAAAAGUUAAUACCUGUCAAUGAUAAUAAUAAUAUGAAUGUAGAAAACCAGUCCUCAACAAAUUCUCCAAUUAUAAAAAAUAAUAUUGAUUCUAGAUUUGAUAUAGCACCAUCGUCCCCUGAUUCUUCAGCUAGGAAUGGAUGUUCAACUCCAGGUGCUCGUGAUAGAGCAAUCAAAAUGAGCGAACGUUUUGGUUUAGAUUCACCGUUACCCACCUCUGCACAAGAAAAAAAAUUAAUACUUGUUACACUCCUGGCAAGAUUAGGCAACAAUGAAGUUGAUGUUUGCCUCUUUAGAAAAUUGAUUCAAUUUUCAAGAGAAUCACCUUUAUCCGAUCAAGAACUAUCCAAAGACAUUUGGGAAAAUGGUGAAAGAUUUAACGAAUUGAUGAAUUCAUUAAUAGGUUUUUUCAGUGAAUCUGAUCAGCAAAAUCUAGAAUUAAAAGGAAAUGCUCUUGAGCUACUUCAACAACUAAUAAUCAAUCAAUCCGGUUAUCUUAAAAGUUUUGAACGAGAUGUUUUACAUGUUCUGUUAGAGUGUCAUUCUGAACAAUCUUCUAUUUUAUCCAACCAAAUUGAAGAAAUUAUGGAUGAGUACGUUCGAAUCGUUGAUACACAAAUGGGAUUAUAUGCGCUGAUUGACAUCAUGGAAACCAAUCUAUUUAUGAAUAACUUUGGAGGGAAUCAAUCUCCACAAUUACAAGCAGUUAAUAAUAGUAAUGGCAUAAAGGGAUCGGCAUUUAUUGUUUUAUCAAAAUUGGUUAGACGAUUUGAUAAAAAAUCCCUAGAAAGACAAGUAGGAAGGGUUGUUCCAUUAGCCAUUAAGGGUUUUAAUGACACAAAACCUGAAAUACGAAAAGCUGUGGUUGAUGCAAUCGUUGCAAUAUAUUCCGUAAUUGGUGACGAUAAAACUUUUUUUCAAUAUUUAGGCAGCCUAAGUCCUUCGCAAAAAAAUUUAUUAAAUUAUUAUUUUGACAAAACUACAAAACAACAUAAAAUUACACAAAUAUCAACAAAAGGGGUGCAAAUAUGA